CCGUUUUUGUACUCAAAUGGUUUAAUUUAUAAGCCGCUAAAGUUCCCGUUAGUUUUGUUUUCCACGUCAAAGGUGUUGUUCUUAGUGAUCCAAGAUGGGUCGGAAUAGGGGUUACCAGGACUUGGAUGACAGUCAUGUAAGGGCUCGGUCCCCGGGACCGCCGAUGCCGCCUCCUCAAGAAAUAGAAAUGGCAUCAGUGUCAGUCGUGCCUGACGACACUUUCACUGUCACUCAAGCUGUGAACGCGCUUGGUUUUGGUUGGUUCCAAGUUAAAUUGUCACUGUUUACUGGACUGUGCUGGAUGGCUGACUCUAUGGAAAUGACUAUAUUAAGCAUUUUGUCACCAGCUCUACACUGUGAAUGGAAUAUCAGCAAAUACCAGCAGGCUUUAACUACAACUAUAGUUUUUAUGGGAAUGAUGCUGAGUUCCACAUUUUGGGGAAACAUUAGUGACCGGUAUGGUAGAAAAACAGCUUUAAGUAUGUGUGGUGUGUUACUGUUUUACUAUGGUUUAUUAAGUUCCAUAGCUCCAAACUUCUUGUGGUUAUUAUUUCUGAGAAGUCUUGUCGGAUUCGCCAUAGGCUGUGUACCACAAUCGGUCACUUUAUAUGCAGAAUUUUUGCCAACGAAACAACGGGCCAAAUGUGUUGUUCUACUUGAUUGUUUCUGGGCGUUAGGAGCGUGUCUGGAAGUGGCUUUAGCGUUAGUGGUGAUGCCCACGCUUGGCGUACACUGGCUACUUGCUCUCUCCACCGUACCGCUACUGUUCUUCGCACUUAUAUGCCCUUGGCUCCCGGAAUCUGCAAGGUAUCAUGUAGCGAGUGGUGAACCUGAUAAAGCACUUGCUACGUUGGAACAGAUAGCGCAAGACAAUGGAAGACCCAUGCUGUUGGGUCGCUUGGUCUGUGAUGACUCCGUAGGGAUCGGACAACGAGGCCGCCUAAAGCAUCUGCUCAUACCACACCUGAGGAAUACCAGCUUAUUGCUUUGGUUCAUUUGGAUGUCGUGCGCGUUCUGUUACUACGGGCUAGUCCUGAUGACGACGGAGCUGUUCGAGACGGAGGCGGGCGGCCUGGAGGAGGCCUGCGCCGCCGACUGCCGCCCGCUGCAGACCACCGACUACAUGGACCUGCUGUGGACCACGCUGGCAGAGUUCCCCGGCAUAUUCGCAACAAUAUUUAUAAUUGAGAAGUUUGGUCGUAAAAAGACGAUGGCUACCCAGUUCGUGAUAUUCGCUAUGUGUGUCUGCGUUCUUAUUUAUAACGGAAAUCGUACAUUCCUGACGUGUGUUCUGUUUCUUGCGAGAGGAAUCAUAGCCGGGCUAUUUCAAGCAGCUUAUGUUUAUACGCCAGAAGUGUACCCCACGGCGUUGCGAGCCACGGCGGUGGGCGCCUGCAGCGCUGUGGCCAGGCUGGGCGCCAUGAUCACACCAUACGUGGCACAGGUCCUGUUGAAGAAUUCUAUAGUGAUAGCAACUAGCGUAUACUCAUUGGUGGCCGUUUUAGCCGCCGCAGCCUGCUUAGCACUCCCGAUAGAAACCAAAGGGCGCGAGAUGAGGGACACCGUCACGAUUAACAAUUAAACAAGUCGAUAGUGUAAUCGAUUUCUCAAAUCAAUGGACACUCGUACUACAGUCCAGUGAUUAGUGGUGUCCUAAGACCAGUUUUUUACACCUAGAAUAAGACUGUAUUUUGUUGACAAGUCGAUUCACUUGCAUUUUUACAAAGCCUCUGGUAAUUACAGAGUAUUUCCAGUUUUUAAUGGUCACAGAUAAUGAUAUUUUUUAUGAAUUCUGUACCUAAAUGUAGGCACUUAUUUAAACUACAUUUUUAAGGUUUACUUAGUAGAAAUUGCAAAAAGUGACUGGUAAAAAAUGUGAUAAGAUGUGACGUCACAGCGCUCUGGCAGCGGUUAAUAAACAACUCGUCCAUAAUAGUAGUAAAGUAAUGAAAUGACUGCCGUUUUGUAUAAAAAAAAAAAGAUCAAAUAUUAAUCACAGAACAAUGAUAAAAAUAAGUCGAUCUGAUAGUAUUAAUCAGAAACAAAUUCUUUAAGUGUUAUUCAUAACUUAAAAAUCUCUUAAUACGUACUAAAAUGAUAAUUAUCUCAUUUGAGAUUAGAUCUGAUAUUUUUGACAUUAGUUUUUAACUUUUUUAUGUACUUACUUGAAUAGUCAUUAUCGCUUAGCAAGCUUGACUGAAUAAUUAACAGUAUUUCUUAGCUUAGACGUUAAGCAUAUUCGCGCUUUUGCUUGGGUGUAGCUAUGACCCGUUAGCAGAAAGGGGGCGUCAUUUUAGCCCUAACCUUGUUCUACAUACUCUUUUAGUAGUCAUUUUGAAUGUCGUGUUCGGGUAUCUAGUUGGCAAUUCUUUAACAGAUUGUUUCCUAGUUGAUCGAAAGCUCGGUCGCUGGCAAAACAGUGCUCCAUUUUUAGCUACGCCGAAAUAUAGGUAUACAGAUAAGUAAUGUGUUCCAAUACUUCCAAUAUUGAUAACGCUACUGUAUUAUUAAAUGAUGAAACUGUUUACUCACGAGUAUUUACCGGGGGUGCCCGACUAGUUUCGAACCCACACUUCUAUUAUUUUUAUUUCAAAAUCGUAAAUAAGUUUGCUUGCAUUUUCAAGAUUAAACCGAUAUACUCGAUAUAUUUUUUUUAAAUAGGAUUGUUCAGAUUUUAUAAAUGCAAUAUGUACUUAAAAUACUCACUAUUAAUAAAUACUCAGAAACAAAUCCGUCCAGUCUUCCUUAGUAAUAUAGAUAUUAUGUAACGCUUAUAUAUAAAAAAAUAUCAAGAGGUCAGACAAACUAUUUUUCAACUUAUCAUUCCCUAACUUCUACCAGUUAAUUAUCAUUGAAAAAUGAAAUUUGAUAAACAUAAUAAUAUGAUGUAAGUUGAUAAGAUCAGGUUAGUGUCUGAUAAAUAUUUGAUUGUUUCAUGUGAUGAUUCGCUACAGUCCGCACAUGAAAGUGGUAUCACAGACUAACGGUUUAAGACUCUAAUGUCAAUGCAUUAGUGUUUAUUUUAUCAUUUUACAUGCGGGUGAUAUGUACACUAAAACUUAUCGGUCUUAUAGUUCAUUAUCAAGCUAAUCUGUUUGUUUUUAAAAUUAAAUAAAGCACAUACUUCCUAUUUUAUUUAAAGAUAUACUUUUCAUUAAUAUAAACACGGUAUAUACUAGGAACCUGACAUUUUUAAAAUUUAUUAGAAUUAAUGGGCAUGAAAGCUUACCUAAUGUCGAUUUUAUCAUUAUCAACAAAACUAUGGCGAAUUAAAAAAAUCGUUAGUCUAAGUUUGUGUCUACUUGUAACUAGUGACAUAGGUUGUGAAAAUUUUAUACAGUACUUAUACCUAUACGGUGCUAUAGAUAAAUAUGUUUUGAAAAUAAUAACUAAAGAAUAUUGAUUUAAGAGAUACAUUUAAUAUACCGCCUUAGAUAUUCUAUAUUUCUAUAUAUUGUAAACGGCAACAAAUACUUUCUAUUUACCCAUAAAUUUAAUAUUUUCACAAAACACUAACAACCUAAACAUAAGAUAUUUUUAUGUUAUUUGUCUCUUCGGAUGUAAAAAGGUUUUAGUGUGUGUAUUUUACACAAAAUAUUCUCUUGUACAAAUAGAUCUAUACCUAAACUUAUUAAUAUUAUAUCGACUGAUAUUUGCAUCCGCUAUAAUAAAAAAUGUA